AGGACGUUUACUGAGCAGCUUCCUUUGAAAGCGCAAGAGGUAGAACACAUUGUUACUGGAGGGAUUGGGGAAAAACUAGUGGAAAUCGACGCAUUGAAUUUAAACUCCUUCUGCAAUGAUCGAAGCAUCGUAAUUAAACUGGCGUUAGGUAUUUUAAAGGCGAGGUGAGCCGCUGAAAGAGUACACGAGCAGAAUGAAGGUCAAGAUCAAGAAGUGGAACGGAGUGGCGUCGUGGUUGUGGGUAGCCAAUGAUGAGAACUGUGGGAUAUGCAGGCUUGCUUUCAAUGGUUGCUGCCCGGACUGUAAGGUGCCUGGAGAUGACUGCCCACUGGUCUGGGGCCAAUGCUCCCACUGUUUCCACAUGCACUGCAUCUUGAAGUGGCUCAACUCCCAGCAGGUCCAGCAGCAGUGCCCCAUGUGUCGACAGGAGUGGAAGUUUAAAGAAUGAGCUCAAUGUGGAAAGUAUCCCAGGAUGUUUUGGUCAUCAUGCCUGUAAAUACGUAUGUAUCAUUUUUUAAACUUGUAUUGUGCAUCAAAACUAAAAAUGCCUGGUCACAGUUGUUAAUAAUAAAAAGACUAAUUGAUCAUUUG